AAAUACUGUAAGAAAAACAGAAUGAUAACCCUAAUAAGAAAAGAAAAAAAAGAAGAAGAAGAUGAGCAAAGAUGAAGACGACGAGUACGAGCAGCAAGCAAUUUUGGAACAAGUCUUCGGCCACUCCUCCUCCUCCGAUUCCUCCUUCGAUUCAGAUUCUGAUAAUUGCUAUUCGAAAUGGGAACGCAUAGAAAAAGUAAAAGGGUUAUGGAUAGUAAGAAACUUCCUAUCAUCCCACAAACAAUCCCGCUUACUCUCAUCAAUCGCUUCUGAAAAUUGGUUCACACAACCAUCAAUCAACCAAUCAAUGCGAUUCGGUUAUCAAAACCUUCCUCGUUGGGCAAUCAAACUCUCUGAUUCAAUUUGCCAAUCAUGUUCUUCUUCGCCUUCCCCUUUUCUGCAAAAUCUUUCAAUGAGGUAUCCGUUUUUCGAUCAAAUGAUAACGAAUGUUUAUCAACCAGGUGAAGGAAUUUGUCCGCAUGUUGAUUUGUUAAAGUUUGAAGAUGGGAUUGCGAUUGUUUCGUUGGAAUCUUCUUGUGUUAUGGAUUUUACAUUGGGUGAUGAAACUGUUCCGGUUUUGCUUGAACCGGGUUCAUUGGUGAUGAUGUAUGGUGAGGCUAGGUAUGUUUGGAAACAUGAGAUUAAUAGGAAAGAUGCUGGGUUUCAAUCUUGGAAGGGUCAAUUGUUGGAUCAAACUACAAGGACUUCUAUUACUCUCAGGAAACUCUGUUCUUCUCCUCCAUCAAUCUAAAGAUCAACUCUUUUUUUUCUUCUCUUUUCAAUUUUAAUCAAAUCAGUUGAAUGUGUAGUUUUAGAUGAAGCUGAGUUUUUAAGCCAUUAGCAUGUAUAAUUCUUGUGAUGAUUUUAGAAUUGUGGAAUGAGUAAAGUUGUUACCUUUGGGAUAAACUAUUUUGAUUAAAAAAUAGCUACUCUUCUUUUUCUCAUUACAA